GAAGUCCCGGAGCGUGUGGAAAGUGCGAGCGCGGAAGCACCGGCGCGAGGGGCGGGGCGAGCGCGGGACAAAGGGAAGCGAAGCCGGAGCUGCGGGCGCCUUCUCGGCCCGCGGUGUCUCAGAUUCAUUCUUAAGGAACUGAGAACUUAAUCUUCCAAAAUGUCAAAAAGACCAUCUUAUGCCCCACCUCCCACCCCAGCUCCUGCAACACAAAUGCCCAGCACACCAGGGUUUGUGGGAUACAAUCCAUACAGUCAUCUCGCCUACAACAACUACAGGCUGGGAGGGAACCCGGGCACCAACAGCCGGGUCACGGCGUCCUCCGGCAUUACGAUUCCAAAGCCUCCCAAGCCACCAGAUAAGCCGCUGAUGCCCUACAUGAGGUACAGCAGAAAGGUCUGGGACCAAGUAAAGGCUUCCAACCCUGACCUAAAGUUGUGGGAGAUUGGCAAGAUUAUUGGUGGCAUGUGGCGAGAUCUCACUGAUGAAGAGAAACAAGAAUAUUUAAACGAAUACGAAGCAGAGAAGAUAGAGUACAAUGAGUCCAUGAAGGCCUAUCACAAUUCCCCUGCGUACCUUGCCUAUAUUAAUGCAAAGAGCCGCGCCGAAGCUGCAUUAGAGGAGGAAAGUCGACAGAGACAGUCUCGCAUGGAGAAAGGAGAGCCUUACAUGAGCAUUCAGCCUGCCGAGGACCCCGAUGAUUAUGAUGAUGGCUUUUCAAUGAAGCACACAGCCACGGCACGUUUCCAGAGAAACCACCGCCUCAUCAGCGAGAUCCUCAGUGAGAGUGUGGUACCUGAUGUGCGGUCAGUCGUCACAACAGCUAGAAUGCAGGUCCUCAAGCGACAGGUCCAGUCCUUAAUGGUGCAUCAGCGGAAACUGGAAGCUGAGCUUCUUCAGAUAGAGGAGCGACACCAGGAAAAGAAGAGGAAAUUCCUGGAAAGCACAGACUCCUUUAACAAUGAACUUAAAAGGUUGUGCGGUCUGAAGGUAGAAGUAGACAUGGAGAAAAUUGCAGCUGAAAUUGCACAAGCAGAGGAACAGGCCCGAAAAAGGCAGGAGGAGAGGGAGAAGGAGGCCGCGGAGCAAGCUGAACGCAGUCAGGGCAACAUGGCCCCUGAGGAAGAACAAGUGGCGAACAAAGCCGAGGAGAAGAAAGAUGAGGAGAACAUCCCGAUGGAGACAGAGGAGACACACCUUGAGGAAACAUCCGAGAGCCAGCAGAACGGGGAAGAAGGCACGUCUACUCCUGAGGACAAGGAGAGUGGGCAGGAGGGGGCUGACAGCAUGGAGGUGGAAGGGACCAGCGAUAGUAAUACUGGCUCAGAGAGCAACAGUGCAACAGUAGAGGAGCCACCCACAGACCCCAUGCCAGAAGACGAGAAGAAGGAAUAAAUGUUGCCUUGUUUUAUGUGUCCUAAAACUUUUUUAAAUGAAAAAAAAAUGUUUUUUUGGUUUUAAUGGUAUUAUGUGGUCUGUGUAUUAAUUAUUUCCUUUUCUAUUGAUAACCACCAAAGUCUUUUCAACCGUCAGCAUCACAGCCUAAGCACUCACCUUCCUUAGCUUUGUGGAAACGGCUCUUCCCUUUGGAUAUUGUUGGUAGCUCUUAACUUCUGAAGCCUCAGAACUGAGAUUAAUCGAGAAGAUACCCACCUCUUUUCGAGAAUUACCUUUGAUGCUGCAGAGUCUCCUCUUACAAAUGCCUUCCUUCAGCUCUCUUGGGUGCUCACCAAAGCCAUAGCUUUAACCCUUCCCAGCCCAUCCACAGCUUCCCGUGUCCCCUGUUGUGUACUUGUCCAGAGUGCCCUCUUGAAAGCAUCCUGUGAGUAUGUUUGUUCACUUGCCCUUUUAAAAUUUCUGAUGUCGGGUACCAGUUCUCUUACAGGGUAGGAUGUAGCCUGAAACUAGGAACGCAUAGAUCAGACUGGUGCAGAGAUGUCUCCGUGGUAGAGUAGUGCUUGUGUGAAAUCAUCAUUACAGUGAGCUCAGCACAUGUACGUUAUCUGUAGUGCUUUUCGUUCUAGGUGAUAUGGGAAGUGUUCUAAGAAAUUCAUCCUUACUGUACAGGGGGAAAGAAGUACUUUUUUACCAGGUUGGUUUUCCAAAGUCAUGAUAGACAGCAGAGCUUAAAUGGAAUAUUCUUAAAAUGGACUACACGCUUCAGUAUGAUUAUCCCAUUCCCAGAGAAAAACAGGAAUUAAGUUUAUCCACUUGAACAUAUUUUAAGUGAUGAAAACCUCAAGGCUCAAGAUUGCAUACAUCAGAGCCUACCUUUUUGAUAAACCUUAAUGCUCUUAGAGACCAGAAACAAGAUAGUCUGUGGGUGUGCUUCCUAAAAUCUAGAAUAGAUUUUUACUGAAUAGUCGUAUAUAUGAUGGUUUAUGUUUCUUAAAGGUCCAAACAUAAUAAAGAAAUGAAGACGAAGGUCUCAGUGUUUUUAUUGCACUA